UGGUCCAAGAACGAGCUAUGUGCAGUAUAAUUAAUUUGACCUUUGAAAUAAUAUGCAAAUUUAAUACUGGUGGAUGGCUGCUGACUAACACCAUCGUUUAAGACUUUGAAUUUUGAUUUCUCUUUGCCCCAAUAUCUGAAAGGAAACAGAAGCCGAAAAAGAAAAGGGGGCAAAGGGAAAGUUAAAUAAAAUCCUCUGUUUUGUUCCUUCCCGAAUCUUAUCGACUGAAGCAAGCAAGCAAGGCUCUCUUUCAACGACAACCAACCCAGUCUACGAGGUUGUCGCCGACUUCUCCGACCGGCGGCUCUGAUUACUCCGAUUAAAUUCCCAUCAAGGAUGGCACAGGCUGCGGAGGAGUCGGGAAACGGCAGCGGGAAGUUGGAGCAUCAUGGUAGGGAAGACAGUGAAUAUGUUAGGCUUGUUAUAUCCGACGAACCAAGGGCACCUGAAUUCGAUAUUUCACAACUGCAAUCGGGAGCUAGGAUUAAAGCUUUCAUCUGGUGGAUCAAAGCUUCAAUUUGGUGUCUUGUUAUCACCAUACUUCUUCUCGUUUUCGUGAAAUGGGGUGUUCCAUUUCUUUUUGAGAAGGUUCUCUUGCCAAUGAUGGAAUGGGAAGCAACUGCCUUUGGACGUCCAGUCCUCGCCCUUGUGCUUACUGCCUCUCUUGCCUUGUUCCCAGUGUUCCUAAUUCCUUCAGGUCCUUCCAUGUGGUUGGCUGGAAUGAUCUUUGGAUAUGGUAUUGGGUUUGUGAUAAUCAUGGUUGGAACCACUAUCGGGAUGGUCCUGCCCUAUUUGAUUGGGCUAGUUUUCCGUGAACGCAUCCAUCAAUGGUUGAAGAGAUGGCCUCAGAAAGCUUCUAUGAUUAGACUUGCUGGGGAGGGGAGCUGGUUCCAUCAAUUUAAAGUGGUUGCCCUCUUUAGGGUUUCACCAUUUCCGUACACAAUUUUCAACUAUGCAAUAGUGGUAACAAGUAUGACAUUUUGGCCCUACUUGUGUGGUUCAGUUGCUGGAAUGGUUCCAGAAGCUUUUAUCUACAUCUACAGUGGUAGGUUGAUAAGGACAUUUGCUGAUGUGAAGUAUGGGAACUAUCACUUGACUACUGUGGAAAUAAUAUACAACAUCAUCUCCUUCAUUAUUGCUGUUGUCACUACGGUUGCUUUCACUGUUUAUGCAAAAAGAGCUCUGAAGGACCUUGAAAGGGAAGAGGCUACUGAAGAAGUUCCCCCCACCCACCAAGAAAGUCAUGAGAUGGGAAAGCUUCCACUUGAAAGACCUAAGCAUGCAGGUUUGUCAUCUUUUUCAUUAUAGCCUGAAUACUUGGGAGGAAAAUACAUGUACCUGUAAAAAUUGAUAUGUUAGAUGGCAUUUGUUGACUGACUGAUCAUUAUAACUUCCUUAUUCACCCCUUUGUUAAGGGGGUUUUGGUGUUUAUGUUUGUAACUACAAAAAUAGAAUACAGAACAAAAAUUAAUCGACCAGCUUUUGUGAAA